AUGACGACUCCCGCCGCGCCGCGCUGGCCGUCGCUCUCGGUCGAGCGCGCCGCGCCCGGCGCGAGCGACGGUGACGACGUCGACGACGACGCGUGGGUGUCGUUCGCCGAAGACGCCGCCGUGCGCGCGCGCGACGACGCCGAAACGGCGGUUCGCGACGCCGAGUUCGAACGCGCGCUCGAACGCGUGCGCGAGGCGAAGCGCGAGCGCGCGCGCGCGCAGGCGCGGAAGGCGACGACGCGGAGCGCAUUUCUCGAAGACGACGCGCGAGAGGAGCGCGCGCGAGAGGACGAGGAUGGGGAGGUUGGGGGCGACGUCGCGCGCGGCUGGCGCGGCGAGUUCGCGGCGCGGGACGGCGACCCGGCGCCGGCGCCGAGGACGCUUCCGCAAGCGUGGACGGCGCCGACGUUGAAUUUAAACGUGGACGAUGAGGACGUGGAGACGUUCGCGCGAGAGGCGGCGACGCGGGCGACGUGGGCGAGCGAGGCGGCGACGGCGGCGACGCGGGAGUCGGACGCCGUGGCGGAGUUGACGCAGCACGUUCGACGGUUGAGCUCGGCGUUGAGCGCGUGCGAGCGCCGCGAGAGCGCGGCGGAGGCGGCGGCGACGGCGGAGGCGGAGCGCGCAGCGGCGACGGAGCACGAAUAUUUGCAAACAAAGGCGCGCUUGAAGGCGCGCGAUUUGGACAUAGGCGAGUUGAACCAAGUCGUCUUCGCGCUCAAGAGACGAGUCGACGAGUUGACGGACGCCCUGGACGAGGCGAGAAGGGACGGGGAAAAGUAUAGAAUGGAAAUCGCGGAGCUCAAAGUGAACGAUUCCGAGCUCAGAAGGACGGUGGAGAAGAGGGCGGUGAGCGAACGCAUGGCGUACAACGCGAACGAGAACACAAAGCGCGAUAUUUUGGCGUUACAGAGCAAGUGCCGGACGUUAGAGGAAGAGAACGGACGUUUGAGCGAACGUUUAGCGCAGAGUGAAGAUCGAGGUUUCGAGGCGAGCAAGUCUGCGCAACGUUUUCAUCAGCUCGCCGAGGCUUCGGCGCGAGAAAAUGAGAUUUUGCAACGCGCCAACGACGCCGCGGCGAAUGAAAAUGCGCGCUUAAACCAAGAGCUCAAAGAGUUGCACAAGGAAGUACGCGCCGCGCAUACGCAGACAAGCGUCGAUCGAGCAAACGUUAACGCGAGUGUUGCGUACGUACCGCCACCCGCGCCGACGCGCGCACCUUUGGAACCAGUCUUGGAGCCGCAGGUGGCACAGCCCAAAAUCUCGGCGCAUACAGUUACACAAACCACUGCGCUGACGAAGCAGACUUCCGCACCGCUGGCGGAUCCGAAAGUAAACGCACCAUCGAUUGUUACUCGCGUGCAAAUGUUCGAUAACUCGGAAUACAAGCGACGAAUGCGAGAAGGGAGUGGAUUCUUUUACGACAUGCAGGGCGUCGACGCGCCCAAACCCAAACCGCCGGCGCGGCGCCCCGCUCCUUCUCAGCCUCGACCCGGCGAACGCUACGUCCCUCCCGCCGAGCCAUUGGAGCGUUCGUUAAGUUACGACGAAUGGAUGGCUAAAAUUUCAGCUUUGGAGCACGAGCACAUGAAGCUCGCGCUCGAUCGAGACCAAAUAGAAGCCGAGCUCAACAAGCUUCCGCUCGGCGCAGGUCGAAACAUGCUCGAGCGCGAGCGCAAACGCGAGCUCAACGAUCGCCUCACCCAGAUUCGCGCGGCUUUGAAAAUCAACCGCGAGUCGCUUCGAACGGUCAAAGAUGCACGGCACGGGUAG